AUGGAAAAUGCCGAACCGCUGCCACCGGGGAGGCCCAACUUUGACCCGGGACCUCACCAGGUGAAGAAAUACACUUGCCAUGAGCCCAUCGACACAAUCGAUCGACCCCGUCCACGACGGGCGGUCACGUGUUCGCUUUCCAAGGCGCAUUCAUGGACCUGCCACGUCGUCAGCGAAGAUGCGCCGGAAGUCUUUCCGUAUCGGUCGGUUAACGUGAGCUCCCCAGUCAAGCUCACGUGCGGUCUUCUCGUCAUCCAAGCAUUGUCGUGCCAUUACCUUGCUUCACGUCUGUGCCAGGAGAUGAGCAACUCGAGAGAAGAUGCUCGAGCUUGGGAACCUUUGGAUGUUGACAUCGUCCUGGAGAUUUUUCGCAAAAUUGACUGGACAGAACCAUGGCUGAUGGCUCUCAUAUUAUUACAUAUUCUUGCUACCAUAACUACUGUGGCUACAAGACGCAACAGUAGGAUACAGAUCUUCCUCUUCCUCACUCUCUUGGUGGGUGUUUAUUUCUCCGAGACCAUCAACAUGCUUGCUGCACAGCACUGGGAAAGGUUUUCUCGACAACAGUACUUUGACAGCCAAGGUCUCUUCAUCUCUAUUUUCUUCUCAGUCCCUGCACUCAUCAACUGCAUAAUCAUUGUUGGAAACUGGUUGUAUCAGAGCUCACGACUCAUGGUACAGGUGAAAGAGAUGCAAAUUCGUCAGCAGAGAAAAAGAGCUGCACAAAAUGCCAUGAAGCAGGAUUGACCCCAAUUGACCAUUGAGGCUUUGCUGUCAUCCUCACGGCUUGAUCUCUAUUUGUUUGCCAUUUAACCAGGUGAUUUUGUUUGUCCUGUUCAUUUAUUGUCAGUUGAUUGGAGAGGGAAGAUUUACUUUCUUAUAUCAAGUGUUGAGCUUUAUGCUAGUCACCCAUGUUAUUUCAACCAAUUGGGCAUGGAAGAGCAAUAAAAAAAAAUUUC